GUCUUCUCGUGGUGGGUCCCCAUUGCCUUGGGGUCGGGUCCCUGGGCCUUGAAAAGGGGCUGAUCUCCAGGAAAGGGUUCUGUGAAGCCCACCAGAGCUGGAGAGGACUGUGUGGGCAGUCCCGGGAAGUCCAGCCCUGCAGGACCGGCCCCACCACCGCAGUGGGUUCCCCGGGGGGUCAGGGAUGCCGGCUCAGUCACCCGGGCGUCCCCUCGCCCGGGGCCCGGCCUCAUCCUCCCGGAGCCGUGGCCGCCGGCGCAGCGCCCCGAGGCCACCCUCCCUCUUCCUGUUACUUGAAAGUUGCCUGGAGACUUUCCUGUUGGAAGGAUCCUGAGCUACCGCUCCGGAAGCAGCAUGGAAACGGAUUAAAGGCGGCCGGGACACACACGCCUCCAUGCCCGCUGCUCCGUGACCUUGUCCGGCCCGUCGGCUGUGUCUGCCUUAGGCAGGGCCAGCGCUGCCGCCAUGGGAUGUGGUGGUACAACCCACCCAGUCGCGGUGUUGCGGGGCUGUGGAUGGACUGGCAAAUGGGGGCCCAAGCCUCAACGGAGCUGGUUCCCCGGGACAGUCCAUCCCGCUUCCCGCUGAUGGUGGACAUGCACAAGGAGAAGGUGUGCCGGCGCGAGAUCGGCGCCUUGACCGUCAGCAAGCACUUCCCCUCGCACCAGAAGAUCGCGCCCCCCGCCAGCCCCCCCAGCCUGGAGCCCUACUACAGGAGGCCCCUCAACUUCAGCGUGCUGGACGACGUCGGGCACGGCAUCAAGGACCACAGCACCCAGCUGUCCCGCACGGGGACCCUGUCGCGGAAGGCCAUCAAGUCAUCCGUGCCGGCUGCAGGCACCCUGGGGAGGGGCCCGCGCGUCCCCGAGCCCAUCCAGCCGCCCGUGGUCCCCGAGGGAAAGCUGUCUGCAGCCUCCUCCACCUCCUCGCUGGCAUCAGUCAGCUCGAGCGGAGCCCCUGGCCCGGCGGGCGACGGCGUCCCUGCACCGCCACCGCUCCCGUCCCUGCCUGUGCCACCUGCCCCAGGCCCGGCCACCGUCCCGCCACCGCCGCCACCGCUGCCUGGCGAGCUGCCACCCCUGGGGGACCUGGACCUGCCACCUCCAGGGGACCUGCCACCACCACCGCCAGGGGACCUGGACCUGCCACUGCCAGGGGACCUGCCACUGCCACCGCCGGAGAACCUGGACCUGCCACCGCCGGGGGACCUGCCUCCCGCCCCCGACGACUUCGACUCGCCGCCGCCACCGCCGGCUUUGCCCGAAUUUGACGACUUAGCCCCGCCGCCGCCGCCGCCGGCCUCCGAGGAGCCUCCCUGGGCGCCAGGCAGCUACCUGGAGAAAGUGGUGACCCUCUACCCCUACGCGCGGCAGAAGGACAACGAGCUCUCCUUCGAGGCGGGCGCCCUCAUCUACGUCACGCGGCGCUACUCGGACGGCUGGUGCCAGGGCGUCAUGGACGAGCGCGCGGGCUUCUUCCCCGGCAACUACGUGGAGCCCUUCUGCUGAGCCCCGGCCCGGCCCCGGGGGCCAAGCGCUGGCGCGGGGGGGGUCCGGGUGGGCUCCCCGCGGCCGGGAGGGCUCUGCUGCGCUUUGAGCAGCCGCUGCUUUCAUUUCGGCUUUGCAGAGCCGGCGUUUCGCUCGUCCCCUUGCUUCGGCCUCUCCCGCAGUGCUGCGGUGGGGGGUCCCUGGGUGCCCCCCCCCCAAUGCACCCUCAGCCCUUCUCCCACCCUGCUUUUUUUUUUCCCGAGCACUGGGGCAUUUGAGCCACCUCGCCCGCAUCCGCACGGGAGCCACAGCCAGCCACUUCCCACCUGGAUGUGUCCUGGAUACAAACAACUUGUGUAUCUGUUUUAUAUAUACAUAUAUAUAUGUAAAUGUGGUGUGUGUCUCUGUAUAUAUAUA